UGACCCGCUGGGAGCUACAUAUUUAGCUCCAAGUGGGGUCACUCGAUCGUCAAUCUCCGAUUUUUGGGCACCUCCAUGAUAAAACCAAUCCUACCCCAAAGAAGUUUAUUUCGAUUACUAGCGAAGUGAGCAGACAUCACCUACAACUCUCGACCAUGGUUCGCUUCAAGGAGCGAUACCUCCUGGUGAACAUCCUCUAUCCAGAGGCGGCUUCCGUUUCACAAUCAAAGGGCAACAACGUCCCGGAUCUACUGGUCUACAACCAACCGACCGCCGACAAUCUCACAGCGCAAGCCCUGCUCAGAGGCAUCCGCGCCGAAGUGGCCUCGCUAUUCGGAGACUUCGGGUCCGGGGCCAUUGAGCGCAGCCUGCAGGUCAAAUACCUGUCGCACGCCACGUCGACCUUCAUCCUACGCGUCUCCCGCGCCCACUACCGACUCGUGUGGGCCGCCCUGACCUUCAUGGACAACAUCCCCACGAGGAAUGGCAAGCCGUGCGUCUUCCGCGUCGUCCGCACCAGCGGGACCAUCCGGAAGGUCGAGAAGGACGCGAUCCGGCGCGCGAGACACCUGAUGCUUGCGGCGAGGGAGGAAAUGGCAGGUCAGAACUCGCGCGCGCUGGAUACCCUCUUCGGCAGCAAGGACCCGGGUCACGACCAGGACAUGUUGUCCGCGGACGGCGAGUCAAGCUCCAGCGAUGCGGAGGGAAUGGAGGGCGUGGACGGCGAUUGAGAGGGCCUCACUUCUUUUUCCGCGCCACUGUUAUGCCACUAUCUGGCCGUGGAGGCGGCAUCUCGCCAAAGUCAUCUUGACCAUCAGCAAGGGAAUCCCCCUGUUGCGCGCGGAGGCGAGCCUGUUCCUCCUCCUCCUGCCGUUCCGCCUCAUCGUACGCCUCCUUGUUAUCAAUCCAGCGAUCCUGCAUAUCCCCGCCCUCCAGGAGUGACGACUCGUUACGCAUCGCAACCUGCCAGAUCGUAUCAUUAGAACCCUCGGCGCUGCCAAAGACAUAGCCUCCUGCUCUAUCGAUCACGCGCAAGAGGUGCAUCAUGCUCUUCUUAUUCUCGACGGCCAGUACCUCGAACCUCACGAGGCCGAAUCGCUCGAUAACAU